UUCCAAGCUUCGACAGGUUGUGCUAUCGCCUUUCUUCAGAUAAUAAACAUAAAUUUGAUUUCUGAUAUUCUUAUAAUGUAGUUUAAAAUUGGAAUGUGAAUAAGUGAGUUUGUGAGUACUGCAGUCUAGUGUCUCCUAAUUUAAGAAUUCAAAUCAUGCAAACUUUAUUUUAAAACAUUAGUGAUUGUCAAACAGUUUUCAAUGUAAGUUCGGUUAAUGUUAGACUGGAAACGUUUUUGGCUACUUAACCUAGGUCUGCAGGAUUGUGUAUGUGUAUUGAAACUCAUUCUUUGUAUUUAAAAUGAGGAGAGGACAGAAAAGAGGUAAGGCUGUGAUUGGUUUAAGUGAUUUGAAUAAUUCUGUAAAGAUUGAUUCAUCCCCUAAAAAAGAUGCUUCGACAGAAAAACCUCGAAAGCCCAAAAUAAAGUGUUCAAAAACUGAAUUUCAAGGGAAACUGUCACAUGCUAGUCCGAAUGCUCGAAUCACAAGGUAUUAUCAUUCUCAAAAUAACAUAAAUUCUCAAUUACCUACGGCAUCAACAAUUUCUUUGCGAUCGACAGUAAAUCGCCGACCAAAUUCCAGUGCAGCAUCAAAUGAGAUUGAUGAUUCCCCUCUAACUCAAGAAGACUGCAAGCUGAAGACUGAAAAACAGGAUUCACCUGAACGAGCUCUACUCGAAAGUUUUGAAAAAUUGCCAUUUGAAUCAUCCAAGAAAGAUAUUUCGGUUUCAUCCUCAAAUACACCUAAUAGACCAACUUUUCUCACUCAUAAGAAAUCAGUCAAAUCUAAAAGAAAACUUCAAUAUCAGGCAUCAAAACCCCUUUUACCACCUUUAGGGGAGUCAAAGAAGUGUAAUAACAAUCACAAACUUACAGAAUACUUUCCUGUUAGACGAAGUGCUAGAAGAACAAAAAAGGUAGUUUUAGAAGAAAAACAAAGACAUUUAGAAGAAGCAGUGGUUUCCAAAAGUGAAGAUGGAUUAGAAAUUCGCAUGUUUCCUGGCAAGGGUCGCGGCAUUGUCACAACUCGCAGCUUCAAUCGCGGCGAAUUUGUAGUAGAAUAUGCUGGUGAACUGAUUACUUAUGAAGAAGCAAAAAAGAGAGAACAAGUGUAUGCUAAUGAUCAAAAUACCGGCUGUUACAUGUAUUAUUUCAAACAUAAUAAUGGUCGAUACUGUGUUGAUGCAACCCCUGAAUCUGACAGGCUAGGUAGGUUAGUUAAUCACUCACGUUUUGGUAAUUUGAUGACAAAAACUGUUGUUGUUGACAAUCAGCCUCAUCUAGUUCUCAUUGCCAAGGACGACAUACAGUCUGGCGACGAAAUUACUUAUGACUAUGGAGAUCGAAGCAAAGAAUCUUUGUAUUAUCACCCUUGGCUAGCUUCUUAGCUUUUUUAAAAUUCUUGUUAGUAAGUAGUAAGCUGUAGUUGUAUCUCAUGAUCUUGUUAUCUACAAUAAGUGUAUUAUGCUAAUUUAAUUAUUAGGAAAGCUAGGAGUAAUCAGAUAAUUACCAGGAUUUUCUUGUUAAAUAAAAAGUUUGAUAGGCAGUUGUUAUAAAAGUUGGACUGUAUAGUUUUGAAUUUUCAGAGAAUUUCAAGUAUUCUAUUGUGAAAAACACGUUUCUUUUUUUCCACCUUACAAAUAUUUCAUAUUUGAAUGAAAUUAUGGUAUUCUCAAAACAAAAUGCUAUUAUAGUAGAAUACUUUAUAUUGUAUAAGUAAGAUUUUACCGAUCUGAAGAGAUGAAAAUAGCUCUAAUUAAUCGGAAGUGAAGAAGAUUAAUGAAUUUUUAAAUUCUCAUCUUCAUUGACUGACUUCAAAAAGACUUGAAAGCUAGUAAAAUGAUUACCAAAACGUAUUAACCAGUUUGUCAUGAAACAUUUAAUAGGCUGUAUCAUGAAUUAUAAUUAUUAUAGUGUAGAAGGAGAAGCUACAUUUUACCAUCUGUUGGGAAUAAGCUUAUAGUAAAGACUGUUGAAUUAAGAUUAUAUUUUAAAGACUGUUUAGCCUAUUUGUCCCUUUAUUUUAUUGAUUUAUGACAGCAUUAAAACUCUUAAAUUGGUAAGUCUAUUCAGUUCUAUCACUAAUCCUAAUAAAUUCACUGAACUCCCUUCAAAACGUACAUACAAGAGAGGAAAUGUCCUAUCUUAGCUAAAACAUUUUUUAUACAUUGUAAACCCUUCUCACGUGAGCUUGUCUUCUCCAUACUUAAAUUUGCUCAUGGACAGGGUUUAUCUGAAUAAAAACUUUUCUCAUUUUAACUUAGAUUAAUUUUCUCAUUUUAACAUUGCAGACAGCUGUAAUGUAAAUCUCCUAGAGUUUGAAGAGUUUAUAAGACCUAAUCAUCUCCAUUUCAAUAACCAAACUGGAAACAAGCUCGUUCAUUUAAAUGUAAAAUUAGAUUUUUUUGUAUGGUUGAUGUAACUAUUUUCAGCUCUACUAUUUUAAAAUAUUAUUUAUAUUGAACCCUAAAUUCCGAUCAGAGUUAUGUAGUUUGAAAAUCUUUGUGUAUUUUCUUAUCUAUAAAUCUCCCCAAUACCGGUAUCCUAUGAUCACGGUAAAGCUGAAGUACCUAAAUGCAGGAUGAUGUAAUUAUGUAUUUUUUUUAAUACUCUGAAGAGAUGUGUACUUCAGUAAAGAGUUGAUUCACAAUUGGUUCAUGAAGUUCAAGAUGGCCAGAUAUUUUUUUAUUAUUGAAAUAAGUAACCUAAUAUUCAAAAUAAAUAUUAAUAUUAUUUUAAAUUGGUAACCUUAAUUUGUAUGCUCACUUUGUAAUACUUGAUUAGAUAGAUGAUCACUUGUUUAUCUUGAAAAUGCAAAUAUUCACAUAUUUUUGGUUGGUGGAAAUUUCAGGAGCUAUUGUGGUGUGUUGACUCAGUUGUUAUCAGUUGUUGACUCGUAUCAUAUCAUAUUAACUUAUGCUAAUUUUAAUUAGUAAGAGAAUUCUUCAAAUUUUCUCAUCAAGGGGAUUUUUCAGAUAAUUGGUACAAUCUGGAAUUAAAUGAGAAUUAGACAUGAGAUUUAAUAUGUUCUUAAUAUUAUUUGAAGAUUCGAUUAUUAGAAAAUGUCAUGUUAUUCAAUUGUAAUAUGAUCUCAGGCACUGCAACCUGUCUUUCUUAGGAAUAUGAGUCUCUUCUAAGAGGGCUCCUCUUUUGUUCAUGGCAUGUGUAACGUUUAUAAAUGAUACUCUUACUAUGAUAUUACUAUCCUACGGAUUAUUUGUCAGAUUACUUUUAACAUGUUCAACUUAAGAAAAAAAAAAUACUUUCAGAAAAUUCUCCUAAAUAUUUUUGUCCUGCUGUAAGUAAAUAAAUUUACAGUAGUAAUAGUGUUGAAUCUUUCAUCAGUGCAGAAAAUAUGUUGAUCUUUUCUUUGAUCAAACCGCGGAAGAAUUGAAUGAAAUAAUUCAAUGCAGAGGAUAUUAAUGGAAUUACAACAAAUGAAGAUUAGUUAAAAGUUGACCCACCAUUCAUUGACUGUUUGGCUCUACAAUAUCUGCUCAAAAUCAUGAUUCUCUUUAGCUCAAAGUCAAACUCUAAAAUCAAUUGUCAUAUUUUCAUUACUAAUUGAAUUAUUAAAGCUCAUCUAAGUGUAUGAUUACAUGCGUAUAUGUGCAAAUGCACGCAUGGUCAUGCAUGACUGAGGAGUGCAGACGAGAAACAAAAUCUGGAAAGAGCAAUAGGAACACAGUCACUUGCUGGUUGCGCUCAGUGUGAGCAGCUACUAAGUACCAAGUCACAACGUGUUUCAAUGGUUCUUUCCAGAUUUUGUUUCUUGGCUCGUACAUGAUCUGAUGCGCACUUGCGCACACACACACACACACACACACACGAUCCAAUGUGAUCAUACCCUUAAUCUUUGGUAACCCAUUUUAAAACUCACCUUCAACAUUAAAUCCAUCUUAAUCUUUAGAAACAGAAAUUUUACAGAAUAAUUUUCCUUGCUCAAAAAACUAGAAAAUGUGAACUUAGACCCAUCUUUCAAAACAGUGUUCGCAAUAAGUUAUUCUGAAUUUAAAUCAUUAUAAUAUAGAGUGCAUUCAAUAUGUUGUGCACAUCCAAAUAACCAUGCCUGUAAAUAGUGGGUUUUUAUCCGUUGUUUGGCUACCGCAAGAUAGCAUGACUAUUAGUAAAUAAAAAAUAUAUACAGUAAUAUGUAACAAAUUCAAUUUGUACUGGUUACAACAGGUCUGCAGUAUUGUUUUGUGUAUGAUAAUAAUUUAAGCAUGUGGUUUUGCUUAGAGAAGCGAGUGUUCCUUUAUGAACUGUAUUUACCAGUAUGCAACGCCUCCAGACUUUUCAAGUGGGGUUAUCUUGAAGGUUAUUUAAUUAAAGGUUUUACUCUGAUUGAACAUUGCAACGGAGAUUAGCAAUAUGUUUAGGAAUAAGUUACUCCAUAAAGCAUCAACAAGUAGUGUGGUAAAAUAAAAAUAAA